CUUUCCCGUGCUAAGUUAUACAAUCCAUUUCCCUUCCUCGACCACUCUCUUCCAUACCUUCGGCGAACAGCAUCAAGUUACUCUGCAUGGACCAGUGACGAGACAAUCACCGCGCAUCCGUCAGCUUGGUGACUUAAACAUAAAUUUUCAUCUGAACCGCGCCAUAUGCCCAUUCUAUAUCUUGCCAGCAGAGCUUCUCAAGUUCCCUCUCUCUUAUGAAAUGUUACCUUUUCACAAGCUAUCUCACCACUUUUCAGAAUUACAAGCAUUAGUUUCUUCAUUCCACAAAUCAAUAACACCCCUACAAAACCCACUUCUUCCUUUGGAACUUCUAGCAAAAACACUAGACCAAAAUCCAGACAUCAAAACCUUGAAAAAUCUCCACUCCAAGAUUUUCCAUCUCAAUUCACACCAAAAUCCAUCUCUAGGAAUCAAACUCAUGAGAGCAUAUGCCGCUUGUGGAGAACCCGCGUUGACACGCAAGGUGUUUGAUGAAAUGUCUGAGAGGAAUGUUAUUUUCUACAAUGUCAUGAUUAGAAGUUACGUGAAUAACCACCAGUACAAUGAUGGGCUGUUUGUUUUUAAGGACAUGGUUAAUGGAGGGUUUAGGCCUGAUAAUUAUACUUACCCUUGUGUUCUUAAGGCUUGCUCUUGCUCGGAGAAUUUGAGCUACGGGUUGUUGAUUCAUGGAGCUGUUUUGAAGGUUCGGAUGGAUUUGAAUUUGUUUGUUGGGAAUGGUCUUAUUGCUAUGUAUGGGAAAUGUGGGUGUUUGGUUGAGGCGCGACGUGUGUUUGAUGAGAUGUUUUGUAGGGAUGUUGUUUCGUGGAACUCGAUGGUUGCGGGGUAUGCACAGAAUGAACGAUUUGAUGAUGCGUUGGAGAUUUGUAGGGAAAUGGAGGAUUUGGGACAGAGACCGGAUGGAGGUACGAUGGCUAGUCUUAUGCCGGCUGUAGCUAACACUUCGCUGGAGAAUGUUUUGUAUGUUGAGAAGAUUUUUGUGAAUUUGGAGAGGAAGAAUUUGGUAUCGUGGAAUGUGAUGAUAAGAGUUUAUAUGAAAAAUUCCAUGCCUGGAAAUGCUGUGGAUUUGUAUUUGCGAAUGGAGAAAAGUGGAGUGGAACCGGAUGCAAUCACAUGUGCUAGUGUUCUUCCGGCAUGUGGGGAUCUUUCGGCAUUGUUGUUAGGAAGGAGGAUUCAUGAGUAUGUUGAGAGGAAGAAAUUACGUCCAAAUUUGCUACUGGAGAAUUCUUUGAUCGACAUGUACGCAAGGUGUGGAUGUUUGGAAGAUGCAAAAAGAGUGUUUGACAGAAUGAAAUUCCGUGAUGUUGCAUCAUGGACUUCAUUGAUAUCUUCUUAUGGUAUGACUGGUCAAGGGUGUAAUGCUGUGGAACUCUUCACAGAAAUGCUAAAUUCAGGCCAAACUCCAGAUUCUAUUGCAUUCGUCGCAAUUCUCUCGGCUUGUAGCCAUUCAGGAUUAUUGGAUGAAGGGAAGUUUUACUUCAAACAGAUGAGAGAUGAUUUUAGAAUAACACCAAGAAUCGAACACUAUGCUUGUCUGGUUGAUCUAUUAGGACGUGCCGGCUGUGUAGAUGAGGCCUAUAAUUUUAUCAAACAAAUGCCAAUUGAGCCAAAUGAAAGAGUUUGGGGGACACUUCUUAGCUCUUGCAGGGUAUAUUUAAACAUGGAUAUUGGACUUUUAGCAGCUGACAACCUACUUCAACUAGCUCCCGAGCAAUCUGGUUACUAUGUUUUGUUAUCGAAUAUUUAUGCCAAGGCUGGUAGAUGGAAAGAAGUAACGGAAAUCCGAUCAGUAAUGAAGAGAAGAAAAAUUCGGAAAACUCCCGGCAUCAGUAAUGUUGAGCUAAACAAUCAAGUUCAUACAUUUCUUGCGGGCGACACAUCACAUCCGCAGUCGAAGGAAAUAUAUGAAGAGCUAAGUGUGCUGGUGGGGAAGAUGAAAGAGUUAGGAUAUGUACCUGAGACUGAUUCAGCACUUCAUGAUGUGGAGGAGGAGGAUAAGGAAGGCCAUCUAGCUGUUCACAGUGAAAAGUUAGCUAUUGUAUUUGCUCUUUUGAAUACACAAGAGUAUCAAAUCAGAAUUACCAAAAACCUCCGUGUUUGUGGAGAUUGUCACAUUGCUGCAAAGUUAAUCUCCAAAAUAGUCAAACGUGAAAUUGUUGUUAGAGAUACUAAUAGAUUCCACCAUUUUAAAGAUGGUCUUUGCUCUUGUGGUGAUUAUUGGUGAGGGUUCUGAUGAAAAUUUAACCGGAACUCAGCCACGCUAAAUACUGGAAUUUCGCAAUUUUGAUCGGAAUUUGGUUGUGCAUAUUUAUUGUAAGUUUAUUGCACUGUGAAGCCUGAUGACUGCUAUUGGAGCUUAGGUACAGGACUUCUGUGAACAAUCUCCUUUGAAGUGAGAAGAACACACUAGCAUAUUGUGAAUUUAUCUUUUCAGCACUGAAAUGAUUUGAGUGCAUUUAUAAGCAUAUAUUGAUGAUCUGAUUCUGGAUUGUUUUGUUUAUUGAUAAGGAUUCAUGACCUCUUCAUAUGUUAUCCAUCACGUUAAAACUCAACAAUUUUUGCAGAGGAUCAGGCUUCCCUUUCCAUUCUUUUGACCAAGCGUGAUCAAAUGGAGAGGUGGAAAUGUCUGGUAAAAGGUAAUUACAAUUUUAAUACCUAAAAAAGGGUGGAUUAUAAACCUAUAAUAGUGGAUAGAAAAGGGCACAUGAUGCAUGAAGACACAAAGAGAGAAAAUUACAGAUGAUAUUUGGGAGGGAAGGACUGAAGUUCAAGAAGAGGUGUUUAUAAAAAAAUAAGGAAGAAAAAUGAUCGUACCAGCAGGAAACAGGAAUUACUUGGAUGAAAAAGCAUUGAUAGGUAUUUCAAUUUUAAUAACUAAUGAUCCUUCAAUGUCUGGCGCCUGAAGAAUGUUUUACAGAUUUUCACAAGUGUCCCAGAUUUUCAACAAUUCAAUCUCUUUGGUUGCUUUGCCUCUACCUUUUGCAAGGCACGCAAAAAUUGAAUCAAAGAUCCUGAAAAUCCAUCUUUUUAAGCUAUAAACAAGGGAUCAAAGGUUAUGGUUUCAUGGAUCUUGCUCCUCGACAAUAUUUUCUUUUAAGAAAUGUAGUUUUCGAUGAAGAUUCUUUCCCCUUUAUUGAUUCUACUGCCACCAACACUAUUAAGCCACAAACUGUCCAUGAUGACACAUUAACCCUCUUUGAUUCUUAAUUUUCUUAACUAAUUGAACUUGCCACCCAAAGAACAUCUUUUUCAAAAACACCUACUUCAGAAUCUAGUAUGGAUAUUAUUCCCCAAACUAGUCUUGAUACUGCGUAUUGAACAAUGUCACUACUACGUCUACACCUUAUCCUCUUCACUUUGUGAUACAAUAUGACAAACUCUCCUAUUUAUAAAAACUUUAUUCCCCAAACCAAGCAUGAUCACUGGUUGGCAGCUAUGGCUAGUGAAUUCCAGUCCCUUCAACUCAACAACACUUGGGAAAUUGUUGAUCUUCCCCCUGAUAAAACGCCUACUGGGUGUAAGUGGGAUUACAUGGUCAUGUAUACGAUUGAUGGAUCUAUUGAACAGUAAAAGCUUGUUUGGUUGCAAGAGGUUGAACCCAAACUGAAGGAAAAUACUUUUUGACACAUUCUCCCCUAUGGCUAAAUUGGAAAUUGUUCGGCCGUUACUUUCCAUUAUUGCCAUACAAAAUUGGUCUCUUCAACAACUUGAUAUUAACACUGCUCUCUUGCAUGAAGAUCUCCAUGAAGAAGUCUACAUGAUCGCUCCUAAAGGUCUUACUGUCCCUAAUUCCGGUCAAGUUUGUUGUCUUCUUAAUCUUUAUAUGGUAUGAAGCAAGCUAGUUGUCACUGACAUUACUUAGGCACUUUAGCAACUAUGCUAGUUCACGGCAUCACUUACUACCACUCAUUUAAAAGUUGCCCAUCAAGAACUUUCCUGCCUAAUUGUUACUUUAUCCUACUUCUUCCAUCCUUCAUUUUAAAGGUUGCAGUGAUUCUGAUUGAGUGUCUUGCCCUGCAACUCGUAAAUCCGUGACUGGUUGUUAUUUUAUUUUUAGGAUACUCUUUAGUCUCAUAGAAAUCGAAGAAACAAAAUGUUACAUCCCAAUCAUCUUUUGAAGUUGAGUUUCGUGCCUUAGCAACUAAGCUUGGUGAAAUGGUUAUUGUAACUUUUUACUGCAAAUCCCAUUCAUUUCACAUGCCCUCCAUUAUUGUGAUAACCAAUGUAUAUUGCAGCCAAUUCAACAUUUCACAAACUACCUGAGCACAUUGACAUAUAUUUUCACGUUGUUCGGAAAAACUCCUUCCAACUUACGAGCAGUGGUGGAGCCAGAAAUUUUACACAGCCUGGGCAAAAAUUUACACCAUUUAUUAUUCAUCUGUUUUAAUUUUUCACACCUUAUUUUUACUAAUUUUGCCUAUAAUUUUACCUUUGAUUUUAUCUAAAAACCGACUAUUAAAUUGGAAGAGUACAAAGAAAAUAGGGGUUGAGCCCGGGCGCUUGCCCGGGCUGGCUGGGCCUUGGCUCCGCCCCUGCUUACGAGCUCCUUCCAACCUGCAGAUAUUCUGAUGAAGGUUUUGGAAAUUAGUCCCUUUUUUCAAAUUUUGAGUUUGACCCAAGACAAAAAAAAUAUGG